UCGAAACUGCCCGCGUAGCCGUUGAUACCACCAUUCGGAUAAGAAAAAACCAACAAAAAAGAAAAAAGCUAAGCCAAGAGAAAGAGAGCUGCAACACUGAAUUAACAAUGGCGAUGAUGACGCCCAAUCUUCAAGCCACUGAUUGCUCCAACCUUAUACCUUCCUUAACUUCUCUCUUCCCUCCUCGCCUUCUCCACCGCCCCUUAUCGCUACCCCACUCCCGUUUCAUCUCCAAAGCUUCUCUCCACCACCCUUCUUCCCCUUCUUCUUCUUCUUCGCCGCCGUCACUCGUCAACCGGAGACAAAUCAUUUCCCAAACGGCGUCGAUUUCUCUGUCCCUCGCAACUCUCUCGUCUCUCCCAUUGCCAGCUAAGUCCGAGGAAGUUUUGUCGGAAUGGGAAAGAGUCUACCUUCCCAUCGAUCCCGGUGUUGUCCUUCUAGACAUCGCCUUUGUCCCUGAUGACUUAAACCAUGGAUUUUUGCUGGGGACGAGGCAGACUAUUUUGGAGACAAAAGAUGGGGGAAAUACAUGGACUCAACGUUCAAUUCCUUCAGCUGAGGAUGAAGAUUUCAACUAUAGGUUUAACUCUAUUAGCUUCAAAGGCAAAGAAGGUUGGAUUGUUGGUAAACCUGCAAUUUUGUUAUACACUUCAGAUGCUGGAGAAAGCUGGGAAAGAAUUCCAUUAAGUGCUCAACUUCCUGGUGAUAUGGUAUAUAUAAAAGCAACUGGUGAAAAGAGUGCAGAAAUGGUGACUGACCAAGGAGCAAUAUAUGUUACAUCAAACAGGGGCUAUAACUGGAGAGCUGCUGUUCAAGAGACCGUCUCAGCUACUCUGAAUAGAACAGUUUCUAGUGGUAUUAGUGGGGCAAGUUAUUACACCGGAACUUUUAACACUGUGAACCGCUCUCCGGAUGGACGAUAUGUGGCUGUCUCAAGCCGUGGUAACUUUUAUCUUACAUGGGAGCCUGGACAGCCAUUCUGGCAACCACAUAAUAGAGCAAUUGCAAGAAGAAUACAGAACAUGGGAUGGAGGGCUGAUGGUGGUCUUUGGCUUCUUGUCCGUGGAGGAGGGCUUUUUCUUAGCAAAGGCACAGGGAUAUCUGAAGAUUUUGAAGAAGUUCCUGUACAAAGUCGUGGCUUUGGCAUUCUUGACGUUGGCUAUCGAUCAGAGGAAGAGGCUUGGGCAGCAGGGGGCAGUGGGGUUUUGUUGAGAACUACCAAUGGUGGGAAGAAUUGGACCCGUGACAAGGCAGCUGAUAAUAUUGCUGCUAAUCUAUACUCAGUGAAGUUUAUUAAUGACAAGAAGGGAUUUGUGCUGGGUAAUGACGGCGUCUUGCUCCGGUAUCUUGGAUAAAGCUAUUAUCCAUUCAUGAUGUCCGACAAUGCUUGCAAUUUUGUAUAGCUGAUGUAAACUACUUUCCUGGUGGUGAUAUUUGAGAGGGGAAAAAAAUUCCAUUAAUGUGAUUAUGUUAUUCCUUUGAUUUUCUUUUUGGUCAAUGUGAUUAUAUAUUUUACUCUUCCAUUAGGUUCCUGCAAAUGUUUUGCUAAAUGGAAAAGAAACAAAAUGUUUAUACCUGUCAAAGUGAAAAUUCAUAUAUGUGCAUGGAUAUCAGUUUGUGAUAUAA